AUUUAAUUGAUUUAUUUGAAUAAACUAAAAAAAUGAGCAAAUAUUUUUCAAGGAUCGCGGCAGUGUAUGGGCUAAUCAUUGUCAUAAUGUUGAGAAUAGUCUUACCAUUUAUAUUGGUUCAUGGACGAGAUACCAAAAUAUACUCCAAGCAGCUAACAGCAUCAGUAGUGGGCUUUUAUCUCAGUGUAUCAAUUGUCAUGACGAUCAUUAUUACCAUGUAUCCCAUCAGCACUAGGCUGGCUUCUCUGACAAAGGAUUGGAUAGUUAUUGGGAGACUGGAAUGGGGAGCCAGUGGAUCACGUCCAGUGGAGGACACAUUUCAAUUUAUCCAUUGUCCCGCUGUCAACGGAGGAGGUUUCCGAGCUGUCGCAACCUGA